AUGGCUGAUUCGGAGAAAGUAAGGAAACGCAAGGAGAAGUUUUCUGAUGAAGUUCGUUCAAGAAUUUUGAACGAUCCCUUAAAUGAUGGUGCACUCUUGAGCAGACUUGAGGGCAUACAUGGGAAUAUCAGGGUUUUACAAACUGAUCAAGAAGCAAGAAUCAGAUUUUUCAAGAGGAUUCUUGACAUCCGUAAACUUGAUCCUGAAAGUGAUCAAAUAGCUUACGGUUUGCGAAAAUUACGAGAAAUUAUCAUCAGUGUUUACAAUCUCAACAAGAAUGAUUCUUCGUUCGUCGCUUUUAUAUUGAAAGUCUUCGACGUCUCCGUAAAGUACCAUGUAGACCGAAAUGAGAUCUCAAAAACUCUCCCAAGUUUACAAUUUGUGAUUGAAACACCAGAAUUACGUGAAUUUGGCUCGCGAUAUGAGGAACUAGUGGGCUGCUACAUCCUCUAUACAUCCCACAUUGAUUUGAACGUGGAAAAAUCUAUUCAAUUGUCCUCCAAACUGCUCGUUAACUCUUCCUAUCGCAAUACCUGUAAACGACUGGCUCUUAUCUAUUGCUGCAGAAGCGAGCCAUUUUCAUUUUGGUUUUCGACUGUUGCACAAUUGAGCGAUAGCAGUCUCAUGAAAACGUUUCUGAUAGCUCUUCCUGCAUUUGAAUAUAUCAAGGAACAGACGAUAGUCACGAUCAGUAAAUGCUACAACCAACUGGGCUUGACAUUCAUGGAAGUGGGCUGGUUCCACAACAUGUUCCAAAAUUUGGAAGAAACUGUUGCUAAAAGAUGGGUAGUAGAACAGACAAUUCGAAGCGGAAAAAUUGUUAAAUUCAAACAACGGAUCAACUAG